AUGCCCAGCCCAUUUGCGAUCUACAAGUCGCCUAACUCGGAGCCUCGCGAGUUUCGCGUGGAUCCUGCGCGAGACCGCUACAACACUACCAACGGAACCACAACUGGGCCCAGCGCUUAUGUGUUGCAAGCUGGCCAGGUUGACAGGGACAAACCCUCAGAACCCAAAUGCAAUGAACAAGGAGAGUUCACAGAGCUGAGCAUUCUUCGCAUGGCGCUGACAGGGCUCCAAGACGACAUCAACGAGUAUUUGACACAGCAGAUGGAGGUUGCUAAGAACAAAAAACUGAAGCAAGACGACGAGCAGCGGAUAAGUGGUGAGAUUAACAAGCUACUUGAUGGAGGCGAUGAUGACGAUGACGAUGACGAUGACCAAGGUAGCUCUAGCAAAAAAGCGUGA